AUGUUUCGCAGCAAGCCGCGAGUGCGAAGUCGACCCCCGGAUGCCGGUUUGGGGCACACGCUCGACGGGCCCUUUCAGAAUUCGACAAAGCAAUCACAGACCAUGUCAGAUUCAUUAAGCAAUCAGCCGAGUGAGGAUCCCAAGGGAAAGCAAGAACAAGUCGCAGCGGCCCAAAGCGAAGAAGCCAACGACACGGAUAUUGACACGAUCGAGGCCGAAUUAGCAGCAGGAGCACGCGCUUUCGCGUUCAAGAAUUACGCAAUCGCCACGGAAUGUUUCUCCAAGGCAUGCGAGAAGUUGACCACUCAUCAUCCAGAGAACCACACCGCGAUUAUCGAUGCCCAUCUCUCGUACGGGAAAGCAUUGCUCCGGAACGCGAUCACUUUGGGAAGCUUGUCGGGCGGUCUCAACGCGCAUAAUCCUGCUGCUGCAGCCACUGAACCUGGAGACGCCGCGCCCGAAGUGACUGAAAGCGCAGCUUCUUCCUCUAAAGGUACCGCAAACCAAGCCGGCGCCGCUAGCUCAUCCAAGCCAUCCCAGCCAGUCGCCAAGGGAAACAAAGGCAACCCUCAAAUCCACUUUUCCGGAGACUCCUCGGAUGAAGACGAUGAUGAAGCGGCUGGGGAGGACGGAGACGAGGAGAUUGAUCAAGCUGAAGAACCAGUGACAGUCGAAGACGAAUUAGAAAACGCGUUCCAAGUCCUCGAAUUUGCACGUCAAUCGAUUCUUUCUCAGGUCGACUCUUCAAAAGAUCAACCAGAACAGGCUGAAAAACUACAGAACAAACUAAUCGAUGUCUAUGAUCUGAUUGCGCAAGUUCAUCAAGAAGGCGAGCAAUUUGAACAGGCCGUUGAGUCCUACAAAAGCUCGCUCGAAGUCAAGAAAUCUCGGACGGAUGUGACUGCGGGAGCGAUAGCGGAGACGCACUUGAUGAUUGCGCUAGCGCUCGAGCUGAUUCCGGAUGAGGGAGAAUCGAUGAAGCAAGCGAUCGGACAUGUCGACGAGGCGAUCGAGUUGAUGAAAGCUCAACUGGCCAAAUUGACCGAACAAGCUGGCGGACAGACUGAGGAAGGAGGCAAGGAGAAACCAACCGAGUCGUCAGAAGGAACUAAGCAAGACGUUGGACCUGCCAACAAACUGAAAUCAGAAAUAGAAGAGACUCAAUCCUUGAUUGGAGAACUGGAGGCUAAGCGAGAGGAAUUGAAGACCGUCCCCCAAGCGCCCGCGAUGACUGAGGCCGACAAAGCCCUGCAAGCCUACCUGGCCGCCGUCAACAACAACCCCUCGACAGCCAACGGCAAAGCAGCCAUCAAUGACCUCACCAGCUUGGUCAAGAAGCGAGCUCGUCCCGUUGACUCCUCGUCUGACCCCCAACCUAAUACCUCGUCAUCGUCAUCCGCCUUACCCUCCACCACUGACACCAACCUACCUCCCGAGACCCCCUCCAAAAAAAUCAAAACCUCCGAUUAA